AUUCUGCUCUUCAGAUCUGUACGGAAAAUCGUAAAUCUAGAUGAUCACAUUGCAUUGGCUUGUGCUGGACUUAAAGCAGAUGCACGUGUUCUUGUAAAUAGAGCACGCAUUGAGUGCCAGAGUCACAGGCUCACUGUGGAAGAUCCUGUUACCGUUGAGUACAUAACUCGCUAUAUUGCUGGCCUUCAGCAAAAAUACACUCAAAGUGGUGGUGUAAGACCAUUUGGUCUUUCUACCUUGAUUAUUGGUUUUGACCCAUACACAGGCGUUCCAUCUCUUUAUCAGACAGAUCCAUCAGGUACUUUUUCAGCAUGGAAGGCCAAUGCAACUGGGAGGAACUCCAACUCAAUCCGGGAGUUUCUUGAAAAGAACUACAAGGAAACCUCUGGCCAGGAAACUGUGAAGCUAGCCAUUCGUGCUUUGCUUGAAGUUGUUGAGAGUGGUGGAAAGAACAUAGAAGUUGCUGUCAUGACAAAGGAGCAUGGACUUAGACAACUAGAGGAAGCUGAAAUUGAUGCGAUUGUUGCUGAAAUUGAGGCAGAGAAAGCAGCUGCAGAAGCUGCCAAGAAGGGUCCGGCAAAGGAAACCUAGUUCUAGAAAAAAUGCACCGUCUUCGACUCUACUAUUUUGAUGCUUUCCUCAACAUGUGAACUGUUAAAUCUGGUGUUAGAAAAAAGUGUGAUUUGCUGAACUUUUCCUAUUAUAUUACACAGUUGAAUGUUGAUAGACCGUUGCUUGCUAAGAAAAUUAUUAUCCUUUUUUAUAACGACAGAGGGAGAGGUUGGGGUUUCA